AACUGUAAAUAACUUUUUAAAAAACUACAUGAACUGUAAUAAUUUUUCUUAAAGCAUUCUUUCAGCAUGAAUUUUGUGUGUGUGUCAAAUUGUGUAGUUUGUCACUCAUCAGUUGUACAUUAAUGAGUUACAUAAUGUAAUUCAUUCUUCUUAAGAUCUGAAAUACUCAGUGUGUUAUUUCAUUUCUUUCAGUCUCUUCAAUGAGGACUGUGACUACUGAUCUGGAAGAUCUUCUUGUAUUCACUCCCGUCUCAUCCUUCCAUUAGUUAGUUUGUUUGAUCUCCCCUAACUUUACUGCACUGCUUACCUCUUAACUUUGUCCUUUCAUUGAAUUUAAUCCCUCAUUCAUUUUUCCUUUAUACAUUUUCAUUCUGAUUCUUUAUAUCAAUUUCUCAUCAAUCUCAUACCUAACUUAAUUUAUAAUUUAACCCACUUAAUUUAUUAUUAUUAUUAUUAUUUUUUAAAAUCUUUAUAUUCUUAAAUUUUUUCUACAAGGGAUUUGUUUAAUCCCUUUUGUUUAUUUUUACAGCCUUCAACUCUGUUAAAUUCAUCGGGUACAAUGUGGUCUAACUAUUUCAUGCAGUCUGAAGAUGAUGCACGAGUGGGUGGGCAUGUAGGAAUCGGGGCUGGGGGAGGGGGUGGGCGCAGUAAAACCAGAGCCAGAUCCUCACAUAUGACUGAGGGCCAAGAGGGCAAGAUCAAGAUGGCAUUUUUUGUGGCCAUUGUGGGAGUGACUUUGACCGUGCUGGGCGUGGGUGCCGAAUUCUGGGUGGAACUGGCACAGCCCAAACACUUCCAAAACAACCAAUCAUGUCAGUUGGUGCACUAUGGCCUGUGGAAGGCCUGCACACGCACACUCUGGGUGUCCGACAUUGACCCGGAGAGAGACAGUUGUGGCCCUGCAGAGCUGCCUGGAGAGUCUAACUGCACAUAUUUUAAGUUCUACACUUCGGGAGAAAAUGCUGUUAUUUUUAAGAAAACAACAGAUAAAAAUUUGAGUCUGGCAUCAGCGAUGUUGGCAGUGUUCAGUUUGUUUUUAAUGAUGAUGGGUUCCGUGUGUAUUAUUAUGUCUCUCACGAAGAGUGUACCUUUCCUCCUCAAGCCUGCUUCUGUCUGCUUCCUCAUCUCAGGCAUCCUGAUCCUGCUGUCCAUCUUAGUUUUCCACCAAUCAGUACUGGCAUUGCUGGCGAGUGAUCACAGUGUCCCUCUGCACUAUGAGUUCUCCUGGUCAGUGGCAUGUGUAGGCUCAGCCGGGGCCAUCCUUCUUGUUGGCGGCAUUCUCUUCCUGUUGUUUUCUUUACCCUUUAAUCCUUUCAGGAAAUGCAUAAUGCACCAAAACAACAGUGCCUAGCAAACUGAACUCUUUUAUUUUAUUUAAUUUUUUUUUUACUUAUAAAUAUGCUUAUAAAUACUUAUAAAUAUUUAUAAAAAAAAUGUACUUAUAAAUACUUAUAAAUAUGCUGACAGAAUUAAAGACUAACAGGUUGCAACGACUGGCAAUGGUACAUAAAAUUGUAUGAUUUCUGCCAAUUUAUUGACACCAAAAUUAGAUUUUAGAAAAUGCUGAAUUAAGUGGCCACUUUAUUGGGUAAGCUACAUGAAACAUUAGAAUAAGCUAUAUGAAAAAUAGCUUGUGUUGUUUGAUUUUUAUUAGAUAAUAGACACCAGCUGUUAGUCAGCUGUUACUGUUAAGGGACAUAAUGAUCUUCAUCAUAAGCUGCAUUCUUGAUGCCCAGGAUCUCCACUCUGAAUGUUCUUCCUUCUUAUCUCAAAAUCUCCACACACUUCCACUGUAAAGUUGGAAAAAAGUAAUUUGUUGUUUGAUUUUUGUGUGAAUAUAACAAGUA